CCUCCCCCUCCCCCGGUUUCCCGUCAAAAUGGCCGAAAAGAAGGGCAAGACGCCCAGGGAGUUCGCCAUCGACUUCAUGAUGGGUGGUGUGUCGGCUGCCGUCGCGAAGACGAGCGCUGCACCCAUCGAGCGAAUCAAGCUCCUGGUGCAGAACCAGGAUGAGAUGAUCAAGCAGGGCCGUCUCGCUAGUCCCUACAAGGGUGUUGGGGACUGCUUUGCCCGUACCUACCGUGAGGAGGGUAUCGUCUCUCUAUGGAGAGGCAACACCGCCAAUGUUAUCAGGUACUUCCCCACCCAGGCCCUGAACUUUGCUUUCAAGGACUACUUCAAGGCAUUGUUCGGCUUCAAAAAGUCUGAAGGUUACUGGAAGUGGUUCGGCGGGAACGUCGCUUCUGGUGGUGCUGCUGGUGCUGCCUCGCUUCUGUUCGUGUACUCGCUCGACUACGCCCGUACCCGUCUAGCCAACGACGCGAAGUCCGCCAAGGGUGGAGGUGCGCGUCAAUUCAACGGCCUGGUUGACGUCUACAAGAAGACCCUUGCUUCCGACGGUCUUGCUGGUCUUUACCGUGGCUUCGUUCCGUCUGUCGUUGGUAUCAUUGUGUACCGUGGUCUCUACUUCGGUGUCUACGACUCGCUCAAGCCCGUCCUCCUCGUCGGUGCGCUGGAGGGCUCCUUCCUGGCUUCCUUCCUGCUCGGCUGGGGUGUUACCAUUGGUGCUGGUCUCGCUUCAUACCCUCUGGACACUAUCCGUCGUCGUAUGAUGAUGACGUCUGGCUCGACCACGCACUACAAGGGCAUGUUCGAUGCCAGCUCUCAGAUCAUUGCCAAGGAGGGUGCCAAGUCGCUUUUCAAGGGUGCGGGUGCCAACAUCCUCCGUGGUGUCGCUGGUGCUGGUGUGCUCUCGCUCUACGACAAGCUCCAGCAGGUUAUGUUCGGCAAAGUCUACUCUGGUGGAUCCGGCUGAGCGAGAUAGCACGCGUGGAUGAGUUUACGAGUAUUGGCCCCUUAGUAGUAUCACUUAUUGCAUGCGCACGACUAUACACCGUAGAUCCUCUGGUUAUUUUUCAUCUGGUUACGAGCUCGAUCUUACAGGAUGUCGGACACGCGCUCCCUCUUAGCUG